CGAAAAUUUCAAGUACAGUUGAACUUAACAAACACGUUUCGCUUCAUUAUUUCGACACCUUUAAGAUUUCGAUGCUUUUUCCUUUCUCACGCAUCACUCUUCUCUUUUGACCCACAUAACCUUGAACCUUCUUCCUCCCAAAAAGCUUCUAUUUUUGGCCUCAAUCUUCAAUUUCCUCAUCUGGGUCACCUUCCUUUUCUUCAUCCAAACUAACCUGCAUUAAUUACAGUUCAAAUUUCAGUUUUGUUCUGUAACACGACAACACAAUGAUCAUUAAGUUGAAUCCUUUGUUGUUGUGUGUUUUGGUUUUGUUUUUGGAGUGUUGUUUUGGUAGGUUUUUAGUGGAGAAGAAUAGUUUGAGAAUCACUUCUCCAAAAUCGUUGAAGGGUAGUUAUGAAUGUGCCAUUGGAAAUUUUGGGGUGCCUCAGUAUGGUGGAACAUUGGUUGGUUCUGUUGUGUAUCCUAAUGUGAAUCAGAAAGGAUGCAAGAAUUUUACUGAUUUCAGUGCUUCGUUUCAUUCCAUGCCUGGAAAUUUUCCCACCUUUGUUCUUGUUGAUCGUGGAGAUUGCUACUUCACUUUGAAGGCGUGGAAUGCACAAAAUGGUGGAGCAGCAGCUAUUCUUGUAGCUGAUGACAGAGAAGAAACACUAAUCACGAUGGACACUCCUGAAGAAGGGAAUGUUGUAAACGAUGAUUAUAUAGAAAAGAUUAAUAUUCCUUCUGCUCUUAUCAGCAAAUCCUUGGGGGAUAGAAUCAAGAAGGCUCUCUCAGACGGGGAGAUGGUGCACAUAAAUCUUGAUUGGCGAGAGGCUCUUCCACAUCCUGAUGACAGGGUUGAGUAUGAAUUAUGGACAAAUAGCAACGACGAAUGUGGGCCAAAGUGUGAUAAUCAAAUUAAUUUUGUGAAGAGCUUUAAAGGAGCAGCUCAGCUACUUGAGAAGAAGGGGUUCACUCAAUUUACCCCGCACUAUAUAACUUGGUAUUGCCCUAAAGAAUUUUUAUUAAGCAGACGAUGCAAGUCUCAGUGUAUAAACCACGGGCGGUACUGUGCUCCGGACCCUGAGCAAGAUUUCAAUAAAGGGUAUGAUGGCAAAGAUGUUGUUGUUCAGAACUUACGUCAAGCUUGCUUCUUUAAAGUGGCGAAUGAAAGUGGAAGACCUUGGCAAUGGUGGGAUUAUGUGACCGACUUUUCAAUCCGUUGCCCCAUGAAAGAGAAAAAAUACACAGAAGAAUGCUCGGAUGAAGUUAUUAAAUCUCUUGGUGUUGAUCUGAAGAAGAUUAAAGACUGUGUUGGAGAUCCUCUUGCCGAUGUUGAAAACCCUGUUCUCAAAGCCGAACAGGAAGCACAGAUUGGCAAAGAGUCUCGUGGUGAUGUUACUAUACUGCCUACUCUUGUUAUAAACAACAGACAGUACAGAGGUAAGUUGUCAAGACCAGCGGUUCUCAAGGCAAUGUGUGCAGGUUUCCAAGAGACCACUGAACCAUCAAUUUGCUUAACUCCAGACAUGGAAACAAACGAGUGUUUGGAAAACAAUGGUGGUUGUUGGAAGGAAAAAUCAUCUAAUAUUACUGCAUGCAGGGACACUUUCCGAGGAAGAGUAUGUGUAUGCCCUGUUGUAAACAAUAUUAAGUUUGUUGGCGAUGGAUAUACUCACUGUGAAGCUUCAGGAACCUUAAGCUGCGAAUUCAACAAUGGAGGUUGUUGGAAAGCAUCCCAUGGUGGAAGGCUUUACUCUGCUUGCCAUGAUGACUAUAGAAAAGGUUGCGAGUGCCCGUCAGGGUUCAGAGGUGACGGAGUCCGGUCAUGUGAAGAUAUUGAUGAAUGCAAAGAAAAGUCGGCUUGCCAGUGUCCACAAUGCAAAUGCAAAAAUACCUUUGGGAGUUAUGAGUGCAAGUGCAAUAGCGGUUUGCUCUACUCACGAGAAAAUGACACGUGUAUUGGUAAAUAUACUUCUUCGGUAGUGAGUAUUUGGAUGAUUAUCCUUGUGAUGGUUGUUACACUUUCUGGAGGAUAUGCAUUUUACAAGUACAGAAUCCAGAGAUAUAUGGACACUGAGAUACGUGCAAUUAUGGCUCAAUACAUGCCUUUGGAUAAUCAACCUCUUAUUAUUCCUAAUCCUAAUCAAGUUCAUCAUGAUAUUUAGGAGGUCUUGUUAAUCUUUUUAUGUUGUUUUUUUUUCUUUUUUCUUUUUUCUUUUUUUCCUGAGGAGAAUAAUAGUCUUUAACUUAGAUCAAUCUUAGAUCAAUCUGAACAAAGAUGCUGGUGCUUUGUUUCUUUAGGUAUUUACCUCUUGUAAAUCUCAACAAUGUGAUGGUGAAAUUAUCCUUAUUUUCCUUCUGAUUUUUAUUUUUUUUUGA